UCUUUCUCUUUCUCUCCAUUAAAGAUUCAACCCACUCAUUAUAUGCACAAAUAGUUCUUCGUCAGAGUUAUAUUAUCUCUCUUCAGUUUCUUGUAUGGGCUGAGAGAGAUCCACAUGUCUCGCACGUGCUCACAGUGUGGAAACAACGGGCACAACUCCCGCACAUGCACAGACGCUUCUCUCGCUGCCGGAUCGGUCUCCGGUGGCGGAACCCCUCAAAGAGAGAACGGCAUCAUGCUCUUCGGCGUAAGACUCACCACCACCGAAGGGACCUCGUCGUCAUUCAGAAAAAGUGCUAGUAUGGGUAAUUUGUCACAGUUUGAUCAACAACCACCGCAGGAUCCAAUCGUUGCUGACGCCGGCUAUGUGUCCGAUGACGUCGUUCACGCCUCCGGCCGCAGCCGCGAGCGCAAACGAGGUGUUCCUUGGACUGAAGAGGAGCACAAAUUGUUCUUGUUGGGUUUACACAAGGUUGGAAAAGGUGACUGGAGAGGAAUUUCUAGAAAUUUUGUGAAGACUCGGACUCCAACUCAGGUUGCUAGUCACGCACAGAAAUAUUUCCUCCGCCGCCACAAUCAGAACCGCCGCCGCAGAAGGUCUAGUCUGUUUGAUAUCACCACUGAUACGGUGAUGGAAUCGUCUGCCAUGAUGGAAGAGCAAGUUCAGCAAGAAACUGUUGCGCCACCCACACCCUCUACAUAUUCGUCAUCAAACUACAACAACUUAUCUAGCUCUACUUUCCCCAUGGCUUUAUCUUCUGUGAUGUUGCCAUUAGCUGCUAAACCAAUAAGGCCAACGCCUAUUUUGCCUGUGCCACCAUCUUCUAAGAUGGCUAAUUUGAACCUGAAAGAGAAAAUAACUCUGAAUACAGAAUUUCGACCUCCACCAUUUGUUCUUAACUUAGGGCCGCAGCAAUUCCGGAAUCAGUCCCCAGACGAAAAUAAUGAUCGCUCCUCACCAUCCUCGUCAUCCACGUCGUCUUUUCAAGCAGGAAAUUUCACUGGUGGUGGAGAUAGCAUAAUUAGUGUUGCUUGAAUAGUAUAUAUUGUCUUAAUUUAAUUUAAGUUUGUAAAUUAUCGUUAGCUAUGGAAAGUGAAAAUACAGACCUAAUUGAAAAAUGAUGAAACAAAAUAGUAUCACUGUAUCAAGUAAAAGAAUUGCUUUGAAGAUAAUUAAUUAAUUAAUUAGACGAGACUAUAAGAUAGGAUAGUUAUAUGGUUAUAAAUAUAACUAUUAUUAUUAUUAGGACAAGAAUGGUUAGGGUGUGUUUGGGAUAUUAAGAAAUUUAAUCGUUGUUUUAAUAUAUAGAAGUUGGAUGAGAACAAGGAAGAGAGACAGAGAGGAUGAGUUGUCAUAUUUGGUGGUUGUUGGGAAAUUGUUGUUUCUAUUGUGUGUGGGAGUGUGACUUUGAGAAUUGAGAUGACAGAGUACCAGGUACUCGAGUUAUACUAUUGGUCUGUUUUCAUUGCAACUUAGUGGGCCUGAAAAAUAUUAUAUAAUAUUAUAUUAGAUUAAAUUAUUUAAGGUGGAGGAGAAUA